UGUGUUUUAAAAAAAUCAUCAACAAUGGAGAGUGAAGGUAGCACUGGCAUAUUUUCCAAGUGGCGACGUUACAAUCUUAUAGAAAUACCGGUUUUCUUGGAUCUUUGUGCCAGUGGAAUGACAGAGACAGUCUUUUCAGACUUGAUCCUUUAUCAAACGUGUCGUAUAACUCUAAAUGAAACCCUCACCGACACCUGUAAUUUACUGCAUAAUAAUAGCAGCAGUCAGGCGGCGAGGGAUUUGGAACAAUUGAUUCAGCCUCGAGCGAGUUACAUUCUCCUCAGCAAGUCACUGAUCGAGGGCAUUCUACCAGCGAUAUUUUCUCUAUUCCUAGGCCCUUGGAGCGACCGAUAUGGUAGAAAGCCUAUUUUAAUCGCAGCCUUUACAGGUCCUUUUAUAAGAUUCGUCAUGCUCUCGAUAUUGAGCGUUUGGAAUUUGAACCCCUGGAUUUACCUGAUCGCCUCGAUUCCUCGUGCCCUUCUGGGGGGCGUCUGUGGAUUGAUGCUAUCAAUUUUUUGCUACAUCUCAGACAUCACGAAUGAUGGGAACAGAGCGUGGCGUUUGGCCUGUGUCGAGAAUUCUCUGGCUGCGGGUCUCGUCGUGGGGACUUUUCUGGGUCCCUUUAUAUUCCAGAGAUUUGGCUACACCACGCUAUUCAUCGCUGCAACUUUCACAUCCGGUCUCACAUUAUUUAAUAUUUUAUUUUUAAUACCCGAGAGUGUAAAGAGGCAGGAGCCAGAGCACAAGUGGAAAAACCCCUUCGACGUCAGUCUCGUCAAGAAAUUAUUCCAAACUGCAACGAGGAAGAGACCAGGACUCGACCGUUCCACCCUCUGGAGUUGUAUAUUGAUUUUAUCUCUCUACGUUAUUGCAAUCAGUGGAGAAAUAAAUACUGGAUUUUUAUUUGCAAAUGCUAGGCUGGGGUGGAAUGUUGUACAGUACUCGGAAGUCAGUGCUAUUUGCACUGUUCUGGCUAUUGCUGGGGUUUCCCUGGGGAUGAAAAUCUUCAGAAGAAUUGGUUUUUCGGAGUUGAGUGUUGCACUGGUUGGGACGAUCUCAAUAUUUUCUGGAUCAAUGAUCACAGCUUUCACGUUUAAACCCUGGCACAUGUACCUGGCAGGUGGUUGUGGGGUAUUCAGUGCCCUCCUCACCCCGCCUAUCCGUUCGAUUCUCUCGAAAUCUGUGCCUCCAGCUGAUGUCGGAAAGGUAUUCUCACUUACAACUUCGGUAGAAUCCACUCUACCCCUGGCUACCAACUCUCUGUACACUUUUCUUUACGCUCAUUACAUGCCACCGUAUUACCCUUCCCCAGUUUAUUUGUUAUCUGGAUUCAUUUUUUUGUGUAUUCUUUUAUUAAUUGUUGUUCUUGACAGAAAAAAUGCGAGAACUAUCAAUCCCUCUGUUUACACCUCGCUCGUCGAAGAUGUGAUUAAUUAAUUCCCGAAAAUUGCUCAAUUUAGUGUAGAGUUUGGAACCUGUUUUCAUUUUUACAAUAAUGAGUGAUGUUAAUCGACUCAACACUUUUGUAAUAUUUUUGACAAUAAUUACUCAUCAUAAAAUUAAUGUCGACUAAUCAAUCGAUAUCAAUUCGCAUAAUCUGACGGGAUUUUGAGACUCGGUAGAAGAAUUGAAAAUAAAAUACUCCGAACGAAUUGUGAUAUGAGAUAUUGAUUGAUAUCAAUAUUUGUAAAUUGAAAAUAAUAUUUUUACAAUAAAAGCAGUUUUUU